ACCAUGUCAUUAGACUUUGGCAGUGUGGCUCUGCAGACACAAAAUGAAGAUGAAGAGUAUGACAAAGAAGACUAUGAAAGGGAGAAAGAGCUACAGCAACUGCUCACAGACCUUCCUCAUGACAUGCUGGAUGAUGACCUUUCCUCGCCUGAGCUCCACUCUCCUGACAGCAGCGAGGAUGGCACAGACGAUGAAAUGCAUCAUUCUCGGGGACCAGAGCUAAACUGGAGUGAGCAUCAAGUGCUGCCUAAAGUUCAAAGUGUAAGUAUUGAGGAUUAUAGUGAGAUGCGGGAAUUAUGUGUUGGAGAGAAAUGUGGCAAUGGUUGGGAAGAGAAGCGAAGUAAAAAUGAAGACCUACAUCCUAGAUUCCAUCCUGAAGAAGUUGGAGAUGAAGGUGGCAGUGGUUACAGUCCUCCAAGUAAAUAUGAGCAACCUGAAUUAUAUCAUCUUUCUGAAAACUUUAGGCCAUAUAUUGGUGGUCAGAAGCAGGAGUUUAUUAACCAGCCAGCCAGUGUAAUGACCUUUCCAGAUCCUCAGAGGCCCCUUUUUCAGGUUAGACAUUCUGAUGAUUCUUCAGACAAUAUGCAGAUUCUUCAACUACAGGUUCUUAACAAAGCCAAAGAAAGACAAGUAGACAAUUUGAUUGAUCAGUUAAAUGAGAGUGAACGCCAAGUUAGAUAUCUGAAUCACCAGCUUUUAAUAAUUAAAGAUGAAAAGGAUGGUUUGACUCUCAGUCUUCAGGAAUCACAGAAACUCUUUCAGAAUGGAAAAGAGAGAGAAUUACAGCUUGAAGCACAAAUAAAAGCACUUGAAACCCAGAUACAGGCAUUUAAAGUCAAUGAAGAACAGAUGAUCAAGAAGUGCAGAACAACUGAAAUGGCCCUGGAAAGCCUAAAGCAGCAGGUGCUGGAGCUUCAUCAUUCUGAGUCACUGCUUCGAGCUAGGGAGCAGCAUGAAGGCAUAGUUGCGGGUCUCACAAAGAAGUACGAAGAGCAAGUGUCGUCUUUGCAGAAGAAUUUGGAUGUCACGGUGACUGCACUUCAGGAACAGGAAAACACUUGCUCUCAUUUGAAAGAUCACAUUAAACAACUGGAAAGGAAUCAAGAAACAACCAAAUUAGAGAAGACAGAGAUCAUUAACAGGUUGACCAGAAGUCUAGAGGAGAGUCAAAACCAGUGUGCCAGCUUGUUGCAGUCAGGCACAAUGCAGGAGGUGGCUCACCUGCGGCUGCAGCUGCAACAAGCACAAAAAGCUUACAGCAUGAGUGAAAACAUGAACAAGGCUUUUCAGGAAGAAAUAACAAUACUGAAAAAUGAAAUUGCUCUCUAUGAAUCUGCUGUAGAACUAGGAAUACUGCCGAGUGACUCUGAAGGAGAAUUAAAUGUAGAAAUCACUGAAUCAUAUGCGGAUUUGAGGAUUAAAAAGGUCAACUGGAAAAAACCCGAAGUUAACAGUGCUGUGCAGCAAGAAGAUACAAAUAAAGAACUUUCCAAAGAAGAGGUCAUUCUGAAGCUGAAAGCCGAAGUGCAGCGCUUGCUGGGUAGCAACUCGGUGAAGCGCCGUCUGGUUUCCCAGUUGCAAAAUGAGCUCAAAGACUGUCAUAAAAAAAUUGAAGAUCUCCAGCAGGUAGAGAAGGAUGAGAAAAGCAUCGAAACUGAGACUCAAGCAGGUAGUCCAGAAAAGCCAACCAAUCUAAUAUGGCCUGACUCUUCUACUUCUGAUGAGAUUCUGGGACUUAAAAAUGAAAUUCAAGUUUUACAGCAACAAAAUCAGGAACUUAAAGAAAGUGAAGAAAAACUGAGAAAUACAAAUCAGGACUUAUGUAAUCAAAUGAGACAAAUGGUCCAAGAUUUUGACCGAGAUAAGCAAGAAGUUGCAGAUAGAUGUGAGAGGACUUACCAGCAGCACCAUGAAGCCAUGAAAACCCAAAUCCGUGAGAGCCUGUUAGCAAAGCAUGCUUUGGAGAAGCAGCAGCUCUUUGAGGCUUAUGAGGGGACCCGCUUGCAACUUAGGUCUGACUUAGAUAAGCUGAAUAAGGAGAUGACCACUGUGCAGGAAUGUUAUCUGGCGGUGUGCCGAGAGAAGGACACUCUUGAGUUGAAUCUCAGGAAGACGAUUGAGAAGGAACAGCAAUCCCGGGAGGAGAAGAUCAAAGAAGAACUUUCUCAAAGGCUUGAAAAGGAGUGGAAGUCUAAGCUGGAUCAUAUUCAGAAGGAAAUGAGAAAGAAGACUUCAGAUUGUGGCAGCCAAACUGACCUUUUAACCACCACUGAUGUCCUUUCCAAGAAAGAGAUGGCAAUGAUGUUAGAAGAGCAGAAGCAAAAGAUCCAACAGGAUUUAGAGCUAGAGAAGGAAAAAGCUCUCAAGGAAGGUUUGAAGAAACUCGAAGCUGAAUUAGAGUUCAAAUAUUGUGAAAAUAUUACUAAACAGGUAGAAACAGCUGUGCAAAAUGCGCGUCGCCGAUGGCUAGCUGAGCUGCCUGAGCUUCCAGAGUACAAAGCACAUGUGAGAGCAGAGCAGAGGAAGUGGGAAGAACAGCAAGAGAAAUCUGUGGCCAAACGAAUAUUGUUUGCUGUUUCUGAAGCUAAAGAAAAAUGGAAAAGUGAGAUUGAUGAUAUGAAGAAAAAUACACCUGGAAAGGAAUUGGAAGAGAAGAUCCAUUCCCUUCAGAAAGAACUUGAGUUAAAGGAUGAGGAAAUCCCUGUGGUGGUCAGGGCUGAGCUGGCUAAGGCGCGGAGUGAAUGGAACAAAGAAAAGCAAGAAGAAAUCCACAAAAUUCAAGAACAAAAUGAGCAAGAUUACCGGCAAUUUUUAGAUGAUCAUCGAAAUAAAAUUAAUGAGGUGCUUGCGGCUGCUAAAGAAGACUUUAUGAAGCAGAAAACUGAGCUCCUUCUUCAGAAGGAGACAGAAUUACAAACAUGUCUAGACCAGAGCCGUAGAGAAUGGAUUAUGCAGGAAGGCAGGCGGGUCCAGCUGGAAAUCUAUCAGUAUGAAGAAGACGUCCUGACCAUACUUGAAUUUCUCUUAAGAGAUGCCCAAAAGGAGCACUUGGGAAGUUCAGAGAACAUGGAGCUUUUGGAAGUUAUAUCAACUUGUUCUUCAAAAUGGGUGUCUGUGCAAUAUUUUGAAAAACUAAAAGCCUGCAUACAGAAAGCUUUUCGAGAUACAUUCUUGCCACUUUCAGAAAAUGCUGGUCCGCAGUGGGAAAAGAAAAUUAUGGCUAAGCUCUCUAAGGAUCUCACUACUGAGUGCACUGGCAGAGGAGACCCUGGAGUCUCAGAAGCUCUUCCUGCAGGUGCUUCUGGAUACCAUGCUCAGUCUACCACCUUGCAAGAAAGAGAAACUGAUGAGAAAAAGCUUGAAAUUAGAGAUUCAUGCUGUGGACAUUGUCUCCAAGAACUUGAAAAGGCAAAGCAAGAAUGUCAAGAUCUGAAAGGAAGGUUGGAGAAGAGCUGUAGGCACCUUCAACACUUAGAAAGGAAGCAUAAAGCUGUGGUGGAGAAAAUCGGAGAAGAGAAUAGCAAAGUUGUGGAAGAAUUACUAGAAGAAAACAAUGAUAUGAAGAAUAAAUUGAAAGAGCUGAGAACACUUGGUAAAGCUCCACCAAGGUCUUUGUCAGAAGGGGCUGCUGAAAAUGCUUGCAUGCUUUGCAAUGGGAGGGCCUUGGAAGAGCUUCGUGGGCAGUACCUUAAAGCUGUGAAAAAAAUUAAGCGUGAUAUGCUCCUUUAUAUCCAGGAGAGUAAGGAAAGAGCAGCUGAAAUGGUGAAAGCAGAAGUGUUACGAGAACGGCAAGAAACUGCCCGAAAGAUGCGCAAAUAUUACUUGAUUUGCCUCCAGCAGAUUUUACAGGAUAAUGGAAAACAGGAAGGAGCUGAUAAAAAGAUUAUGAAUACUGCUAGCAAGCUUGCUACAAUGGCAAAAUUACUGGAAACUCCUGUUUCUAAAAGAACUCAGAGCAAAACUACACAGUGUGCCCUGCCUCUGACUUCAGAAGUACUUAGUGGAGUUGAAAAGUCAACAAGGAAUGAUGUUAACCAGAAUCUACCCAUCUUGGCUGAAAGCAAGUCAAGCAGUGUGAAGAUGGUCCCUGGAAAAGUGUUUGAACAAGUUCCUAAGAAGAAAGCUGCUUGCAGUUUACAAAGGCAAUUGGAGGAUGCAGAACUUGGAGACAGAAGGUUUAUGGAUUUCAAAGGGUCACAUUCAGACUUCCAGGUUGGGGAUUACAGCUGCAGUAAUCGAGACCAUUUGCCAGUGAAUGUUGGUCCUGAAUUUGUUCCUUGUGAAGGUGAAAGAGGCUUGGCUUUGCCCAAGAGGAAAGAUCUACUCAGUGAUCCCUGUUCUGAAUCACUUUUGCCUUCGGCUACACAGCCCUUUCUUGGAGCUUUGAGAAAUAAACCCUCACCUAGAUGUACCCCAGGCCUCUCUGAAUCAGGAUCUACAUUAACAACCAGUGAAAGACCUGGCUUAAAAGGAAUUAAAUGCAGUCCACUGAUGGAAAGGGAAAAUGCCCCAUCUGAGAAAAGUCAGGGUUUGGGUGCUCAGGAAACUCCAGUUAAAGAUGGAGAGGGCCUUAGUCUUUCUGUAGACUGGAAUUCCAAUAGUGCGACUUUGCCUUUGCCCUGCAACAGUCAUGAGGUGUCAUUCUUAGGUAAAAAUGGACCAUCAGGAACUCUGGAUACACUGACUGAAUCUGUUAGAAUGAGACCAUUUAUAGCAGCUAAUUGCCUUUCAGAUACAGAGAAAAAUCAUAUGAUUUUUAAAUCAGUGAACUGUCAGAGUGUUCAUCCUCCAGAAGAAACCACAUGUUGCCAGCCUGGGAAAAUCAGUAUGACCCUGGGACACCCACCUCAUCAAUCAAAGUCAGAUUUUGAAAAACCUAGCAGUGCAAUACCGUCUUCAGUGUAUCAGCAGCCCUCAAGAAAAUUGGCCGCUCCCCUAGCUAGCCAACACGAUAGUGGCUUUGAUAGCCCGUUUGUCAAUCCAGAUUAG